CCCGAGACAACCGGACAUGGAAUAAAUCCAACAUCGAACAGACUUAAAGUGCUCGAACACGGACACAAACGUCCAUCGGAGAGAGUGAAGAAAAAAGAAUAAUUCGAGCGUUGUACAUACUUCAUGAUGCUGAUUAAACGAACGCUGAUGUGUUGCUUCUACGAAUGAUUCUACGAUGAACCAAUAUCGAGAAGUGAAACGUUUUAAUUGUCACGGAGAGCGCCUUAACCUAUCUUCGUCUGUGUCUAUUUCGAAAAAAUUUUCGGUGUUGCGCGCGAAACAUGAUGUCCAACGGCGUUUGCGACCCAACUAGACGAAUCGACGAUAACUCUAUGGCGAAUAAUGUACAUCACCCGACAUCGUCAGCUUUGGAUUCUCCGCUUAUGAAGUUGUCUUCGUAUAUUCUGGCGAUGCGACCAUGGUCGCUGAACGCAUCCCUAAUGCCAACGCUUCUCGGAUCCGCACUUGCGUAUCAACAGACAGGUCUAGCGAGUUUUAGUUGGAUAUCGCUGGUCGUUAUUGUGCUCACGGUACUUUGUGUACAUGGUGCUGGUAAUGUAGUAAACACCUAUUUUGACUAUGUAAAGGGUGUCGAUAGUCGAAAAAGUGAUGAUAGAAUAUUGGUAGAUCAUUUAUUGUCUAAAGAUGAAUUAGUCUCGUUGGGAGCUUUUUUAUAUACGACAGGCUGCUUGGGAUUUGUCUUACUAGCGGCUAUCUCCCCUGCCAAGAUGGAACAUCUAGCUCUUGUAUACUUUGGAGGUUUAUCCUCUUCUUUUCUCUAUACGGGAGGUAUAGGAUUUAAGUACAUUGCUUUGGGCGAUGUACUAAUUUUAGUCAUAUUUGGUCCAGUCUCAGUUCUGUUCGCGUUCAUGGCGCAAACCGGUUAUGUUGAAUUAGGAACGAUUUAUUAUGCUAUACCGCUCGCGUUAAACACUGAGGCUAUUUUACAUAGCAAUAACACGAGGGAUAUGGACAGCGACAAAAAGGCAGGAAUUGUGACACUAGCGAUUUUGAUAGGUCAUACCGCGUCUCAUGUUUUGUAUGCUUUUCUACUAUUCACACCGUAUAUUAUUCUCAUAGUACUGGCAUUGAGAUACUCGAUAUGUUUUUUAAUGCCAGUAAUCACUCUGCCGAUCGCCUUUGAAAUAGAAAAAGAAUUCCGAAAUCCUGAUAAAAUUCAACAAGUGCCUCAACGAACAGCCAACUUAAACGUAUGUUUAGGUGCUUUAUAUGUUUUCGCUUGUAUGUUUGGAAGCUCGCUUUCUUCUCCAUAAACUAUUUAUAAAGUGUCAUUAAUCCUGUUACUUUUCUGAUUUAAUAAUUUAUUAAUAUUUCAGUAAAAUUUCAAAUUUACAGUUUUGUUCGUUUUACAUUUGUAGAAAUUUUAUUUGUUUUACUUAUUCGUUACAAUUGAUAUAACACUAUCAUUUUAUGAUACUAAUUCAUACUUGUUUAUAAUUAUUUUCUUCAUUUGGAGGAUUGAUGUUAAUAGUGUAAAGUCGGAAUUCAUUAAUGUAAUAUAUCAGCAGCUAAUAAAUUUUGUAAUUUUAUUGCAAAAUCUUUCUAAACCCUUGCAAAUAAUGCAAUGAUUUUCAAAUUAGCACAAGGAAAAAACAAUUAUUAAAAAAAAUGUUUUACCUCAAGUACAAAUCAAUUUAUAGGAUUUUGAACAUGCGUGUGUGUUUGUCACAAAAAUAGAUUUCUGUGACAUUUUUUGAAUAUUAUUUUAUAAUAUAUAUUGUUAUAUAUAUGAUUUUUUGUAAUAUGAUGUACAAAAUUUGCAAAUAUUAGGGCUUUUAAAAAAAAGAAACAGAGGGGAAAUAUUAUUUCGUUUAUAUCUUUUGUCAUUUUUCCAGCAUUUUUUAUUUAGAUCCUUAUAAAUCAAUUAAACUUUUAUCAAAAUCUUUUUAAAUUAAAAUUUUUUUUUAAAUAAAUUCGUGUAUAAAUUCCGUUUUAAUAUAUAUUUAAUAAAUAUUAAAUACACAAAUUCGUAUUUGCGUAUUUUGUUACAUAGGUGCAUAUAUGAGGUAUGUAUACAUAAUUUGUUAAAACUUCAAACUUUUACAUAUGUUUGCAUAUUAUUUAUAUUAUAAUUUAUAUGUGCAUAAUAUAUAUACGUUCAAACAUAUACAUAGUGAUUCGCAUACAGGAGAAAGUCUAUAUUGUAGAAGAUGAUAAUAUUAAUCACAUAUAUUUACACACAUUAUGAGUUAAAUAAUUCAUAUGAACGUGUAUCUCAUUCUCGAUAUCAUACGCAUACUCGGCAUAUAUGAAAAUUGGUGAGAAUAUAUUAAUCCCUCAAACAUUUAUAAGGAUCACAUUAAUCUGUCAAAUAAUAAUUUAUUAGUAGUUUAUAUUGCGCUAGUUCGGUUCAAUCAAUCGAUAUCGAGGAAGGUCUCUUAAUAUCAAUUUCCAAUUUUUCUAUCUUAUUCUUUUAUAAUUUGUAACAUAAGUAAAGUACAAAUUAAGUAAACUGUAUCUGAAAUGAAUUAAAGAGAGUAUAGUUUUAAUACUUUUUUGUUUUCACAAAGUUUAGUGUUUUUUUUUUUUUUUUUUUUUUUUUUUUUUUUUUUUUAA